AUGACCAACCUGCUAUUUUUGGAUUUUCAUGGUGGAAACUAUCAAGAAUGUUUGGAUCUUUUUCCUCGAGGGAUUCAAUCUUUUCCAACUGAUCUAAGAUAUAUUUCUUGGAUGAGUUACCCUCUAAAAUCAUUGCCAAAGAAGUUUUCUGCGGAGAAUCUUGUUAUAUUUGACUUGUCAUUUAGCCAAGUAGAAAAGCUUUGGUAUGGAGUGAAGGAUCUAGUUAAUUUACAAGAAUUUAGACUCUUUGAUUCACGAUCCUUGAAGGAGUUGCCAGACCUUUCAAAAGCUACAAAUCUUAAAGUAUUGAAUAUCACACAAGCUCCAUUGUUGAAAAACGUCGAUCCAUCUGUUUUAUCUCUUGACAAUCUUGUCGAAUUGGAUCUAACUUGCUGUGAUAAUAAUUUAAGCUUCCUCUUUUAUCACCAACUGAAGAAAUUCAAAAAACUAAGGACAUUCUCAGAGAUAGCAUAUAAUAAAUUUCCAGGACAAGAUCUAACUAAGAGUUGGAUCAAUGAACUGCCAUUAUCUUUUGGAUCUCAAAGCACGCUAGAAACCCUGAUUUUCAAAGGCUGUAGAAUUGAGAGGAUACCUCCAAGCAUAAAAAAUCGUACUAGACUAAGAUAUAUAAACCUGACUUUUUGCAUCAAGCUUCGGACUAUACCAGAGCUUCCAUCAUCACUUGAAACUCUAUUGGCUGAAUGUGAAUCACUGAAGACUGUAUGGUUCCCUUUAACAGCUUCUGAACAGUUCAAGGAAAACAAGAAAAGGGUUCUGUUAUGGAAUUGUUUGAACCUGGAUAAACGUUCUCUUAUAAAUAUUGAGUUGAAUAUUCAAAUCAAUAUAAUGAAGUUUGCAUAUCAACAUUUAUCGACACUGGAACAUAACUAUGUUGAAAGUAAUGUUGAUUACAAACAAACGUUUGGUUCUUAUCAAGCAUUUUAUGUGUAUCCAGGAAGUACCGUUCCUGAGUGGUUGGCGUACAAAACAACACAGGAUGAUAUGAUUGUUGAUCUCUUUCCAAAUCAUCUCCCCCCUUUGUUGGGCUUUGUUUUUUGCUUCAUCCUUGCUGAGGAUUACCAACAUUGUGAACAAAUUGAGUUCAACAUCAGUACAAUUGAUGACAAGGAUGAUGAUGAAAAGGAUGGUGUCAGUAUUUACAUGAAUAGGACACCUCUCGGUAUUGCAUCAGAUCAUGUGUGCAUGAUACACGACCAACGAUGUUCUCGGUACCUAACUAGAGUAGCAAAGAAUCAUACAAGGUUUAAAAUCAAGGUUACAGCAAGGACAGAUACGAAUGUAAAGCUUAGAGAAAGACCAGAGUUGAUGCAUGGUUGUGGCAUUUCCAAUAUUCAAGGCAGGCGAAAAAGUGCAGCACAAGGGGAUUUUAGAAAUAAAGCUAUGAAACUCAGAUCACUGAAUUUUCUUUAUAUGAAACUGAAUGGAAAUUAA